CUCCAAUUGUUGGGUUAACAGUCAAGAUGCAAAGCUUUCUGAGUGCAGCUAUCAGUGUAGCUCUUCUGAGCUUGGUGGCGGGUCAGACGUCGAACGUCUCCCAGUCCUUGGAACUUUAUAUACAACAGAACCAACGGCAAUAUGAUGCUAAGAUCAAACAAAUGGAAGUUCAGCUGGCCAACUUUAAGAUCUUGUUUAACACACGUAUUGAGGCCUUAACUGUGCAAGCGGAUUCGAUGCAACUGAAACUGGAGGAAGCCUCUGCUCACCUGUACCCCAUCACUCUGAUCGAUGCCUGGAGCAGGCAGUGCGUCCAAAACUAUAGUGUCAUCAUACCCACUAUCACCGCCGCCAGAGUUUCCAUUACCAAGUGUGCCGAGAAUCUAAAUGGUGUCCUAAACUCCCCCGAAAGUACCUACAACAGCUUGAACAGUUACUAUAAAAAUAAUUUGAAGAACAACCUGGCUCAAUGUGUUAAACUUCAUCCAUCGGCUCAGCUGAAUUACACUCUCUGUGUUACCAAUGUGAUUAGCGAUGCCAAUAAAUACACGACAACCAGUCAGAAUAACUUUAAUAACUAUCUCAAGAGUUCCGAAUGUACGGCUGAGAAUCGCAUUAGAAGUUCUUGGCAAUGCUCUUUUGGCCAGAUAUACUCUAUUACCUCCAAGGUGGAGGUUGCCCUACGACUCGUCGAUAUCUGUAUUCUGAACGAAGCAGUUUGUGGCAACAUUAGCUGUUCUGCUGAAAAGCCAACAUGUCCAAAUGUGGCCAAUGUUACUUUGGAAGAGAUCAAUCCUGGCAAUUAUACCAUCCAGAAUCCCUUCUAUUUUGUGACCGAGAAAAUGAACUGUGUUGAGUUCAAAAUCCGGAAAUAAUUAACUACAGUACAUCAACCAUAUUGAAGCCUAAGAGUGCUUGAAAAUGUAAAACAUUUUAAAUGUCUUUAACUAUUCUUCUUUCUAUGUAAUUUACUUUAAAAUUGGCUAAAAAGUUUUCGAUUCAUCCGAGUUUUCCCGAAAACCAGUUUUUUCUAAAUUCAUCAGUAACACUUGUAACAAUUUUGCUAAUAAAAAAACAAUAUGUAAUAACGUA